AUGGAACGCAUCAGGGAAUUGCUGGGGAAGCACCACAAGCCGGACCGCCAGGAAUAUGAGCCCCUGGCGGAGGAGGGCCGCGAGCUCGACGGCUCCGCCCCGAUGGAAGGCCAGGAGGAGGUGCCCUUCUCCUGGUCCGAGUACAUCAUGUUCGCCUGGCUAGGAAUGGCGAUGCUAUGGGCAUGGAACAUGUUCCUCGCCGCAGCCCCCUACUUCCACGUCCGCUUCCAGUCCGACGCCUGGAUCUCGCAAAACUUCCAGUCGGCCAUCCUCACCGUCUCGACGCUGACCAACCUCACGGCCAUGCUGAUUCUCACAAACAUACAGUACGCGGCCUCGUACCCUUUCCGCAUUAACCUCGCCCUCCUGCUCAACUGUAUCAUCUUCUCCCUCCUGACGGCCUCCACCUCCCUCGCCCUCGACGCCUCCCCGUCUGCCUACCUCGCCUUCAUCCUCCUCAUGGUCGCCUCGAGCUCAUGGGCCACCGGUCUCAUCCAGAACGGCGCCUUCGCCUUCGCCGCCUCAUUCGGCCGCCCGGAAUACAUGCAGGCUCUCAUGGCCGGCCAGGGCGUCGCGGGGGUGCUGCCCCCGAUUGCGCAGGUUGUCACCGUCCUAACCGUCCCGGAGAAAGCCGCCGGCGCAGAGGACGACGCCGGGUCCCUGAGCUCCUCGGCGUUUGUCUACUUCCUCGCCGCCGUCGCCGUGUCCGUCUCAGCCCUCGUGGCCUUUGUCCCGCUUGUCCAACGCCACAACCGCAUCGUCGAGAAUCGCAUGGUUGAGCACAUGGCCGAGUCCCUGACCUCGGUCGAAGAGGCCGAGCGCGCCGCCCGCAAGGUCGUCUCCCCGCUCCGCCUCCUAAAGAAGCUGCACUGGCUUGCGAGCGCCAUCUUCCUGUGCUUCGCCGUCGCCAUGUUCUUCCCCGUCUUCACCACCAAGAUCCUCUCGGUGCACUACCCCGGCGACGAAAAGGCCCCCGCCGGGUCCCUCUUCCGCCCCGCGGCCUUCAUCCCGCUCGCCUUCUUCGUUUGGAACCUGGGCGACCUUUCGGGCCGCAUGGCCACGAUCCUACCCUUCUCCCUGCGCCACCGGCCCGCGGCGCUCUUCGCCGUCAGCCUCGCGCGCAUGGGCUUCCUGCCCAUGUACCUGCUCUGCAACAUCGGUGGCCGCGGCGCCGCCGUCAACAGCGACUUCUUCUACCUCGUUAUCGUCCAGUUUCUCUUCGGCCUGACUAACGGCUGGCUGGGCUCGAGCUGCAUGAUGGCGGCCGGCGAGUGGGUCGAGGAGGGCGAACGCGAGGCGACGGGCGGAUUCAUGGGCCUGUGCCUCGUCGCCGGGCUGACGACGGGGAGUCUUUUGAGCUUCACGGUCGGCAGCAUUUAG